UUCCAGGAUGCAUGUAGAUAUUUCCUCAUAGAAAGUGGAUUGGCCCUCUUUUUAGCAUUUUUAAUCAAUGUAGCAGUAAUCUCAGUCUCAGGCACUGUUUGCUCCGCCGCAAACCUCUCCGCUUAUAGCAAGGAUCAAUGCACUGCUAUGACUCUAAACUCGGCUUCUUUUCUUCUAAAGAAUGUGCUGGGAAAAUCGAGUUCGAUUGUUUAUGCCAUUGCACUACUAGCCUCAGGGCAAAGUUCCUCAAUCACAGGCACAUAUGCUGGACAAUUCAUCAUGCAGGGCUUCUUGGAUUUAAAGAUGAAGCAAUGGAUGAGAAACUUGAUGACAAGGAGCAUUGCCAUUUUACCAAGUCUUAUUGUUUCAAUUAUUGGUGGACCUCAGGGAGCAGGCAAACUAAUUAUAAUUGCAUCGAUGAUACUGUCGUUUGAACUGCCAUUUUCUCUGAUCCCUCUUCUUAAAUUCAGUAGCAGUAGCACCAAGAUGGGACCUCACAAGAAUUCUAUUUAUAUUAUUCUUAUUUCAUGGAUCUUGGGUUUAGGAAUCAUGGGCAUCAAUGUGUAUUACCUAAGCACAGGAUUUGUGGGUUGGCUAAUCCACAACCAUUUACCCAAAGCUGGAAAUAUUGUAAUUGGUGUGAUAGUGUUUCCCCUAAUGGCCAUUUAUAUUUUAGCAGUUAUCUAUUUAGCUUUUCGGAAAGAUACUGUUGUAACAUUUACUGAGCCAACAAAAGAAGACCCAAUGGCCCAAGUUCACAUGGAGAAUGGACUUGUAAACCCUAUUGGGAUUGAGUCGGGCCAUGUGCCUUACAGAGAAGAUUUGGCUGAUAUUACUCUGUCAAGAUAAGAUGAUUUUAACCCAAAAUCAAAUGUAUGAUGAAAUGAUAUGAUAUUUUGAGUUAUUAGUGUAUACACAAUGUUGCAAUGAGUUCACUGUAGAGCUAGUCAUCAGUUGUAUUUCAGAAUUGUGGUUGGCACUUGGCAGUGUUAUUUUGGCAUGGCUCUCGAAUUUGAUUCUGCCAAAAGGUUAAUUUUAAUU